UGCUCCUCCGUCCUGGCUGCUCCUCCGUCCUGGCUUCCAUAAAAGGGCAGCGCCUCCCUCUCCUUCGUCCCCCAGGCCUCUCUCUCCCUCCUCUUUCCCCCUCCCUCUGUCGCCAUCCCCUCAGGCGGCGCCCCCGGCGGGCGGAGAAGGCUUAGGGGGGCGGCGGCUCCCGUCCUGGCUACGUCCGCAGGGCGGGGAAGAGAAGCGAAGCAUCGGGCGAGGCAGGCAGAAAGCAGCGGCAGCGGCGGGGUUUUCUCUGUCACGCUCGCAGCGCCGCCGGGGGGACCGUAACGCAGGCGCGCGCGCAGGCAGAACCGAGGCCGGGGAGCCCCUUGAAGGGAGUAGGAAGGAGCGAUGACGGCUCUGGACGGUAUACGGAUGCCAGAUGGCUGCUAUGCUGAUGGAACGUGGGAGUUGAAUGUGCAUGUCACAGACUUGAACAGAGAUGUAACACUGAGGGUCACAGGGGAAAUACAUAUUGGUGGCGUCAUGCUGAAACUCGUGGAAAAACUUGAUGUCAAGAAAGAUUGGUCCGACCAUGCCUUAUGGUGGGAAAAGAAGAAAACCUGGCUCCUUAAAACACACUGGACUUUAGAUAAGUAUGGAAUACAGGCUGAUGCAAAGUUACAGUUCACUCCUCAACACAAACUGCUCCGACUCCAGCUUCCCAACAUGAAGUAUGUAAAAGUGAAAGUGAACUUUUCUGACAGAGUCUUUAAAGCAGUAUCUGACAUCUGCAAAACUUUCAGUAAGUAUCUAUGAUUUAUAGAGCCAAUU